AUGGCCAACUUCAUCCAGCGCAAUUUGCUGCUGACGCUGACGAUCGCGGCCGUCAUUGUCGGAGCAAUCAUCGGCAUCGGCCUGAAAGCGACGAUGAAUUUGGGCGAAGAGGCUGGCAACCUGAUCGGGUUCCCCGGCAAGAUCCUGCUGCAAAUGUUCAAGAUGAUCGUCGUUCCGCUGAUUACCGUGGCGCUCAUUUGCGGUGUUGGUGGGAUGCGCAAAGAAGAAAUGGGACGCAUCGGCGGGCUGGCAACGGCCGUCUUUUUCGCUAGCACCAUUGUGGCAGUCCUUCUGGGCAUCAUCGUGAUGUGGGCCGUGCAUCCCGGUCGGCCUGACGCAGAUCUCGUGGCAGUCUGGAGGAGCGAGGAGAACAAGGACAGGAGUGCGUACGAGCCCGGCGACCCGUUGGACACUUUUUUGGACCUGCUGCGAAAUGCGUUCACCGAGAACCUCGUCGAUUCCGCCAUCCACUCCAAAGGAACGGUGCAGAAAAGGCUCGACGAGAUGGUGACCGGUGGGACGAGGCCACCCUACUACAAACUCAACAACACCGACUUGGAUAUCAAAGAAAUGCCGGACGAGAUCGAUGGCUCGCAGCUCAAGUACGUCAAAGUCGUCGGCGAACAGUUGCCAAACAUCACGCGGCCCAGCAGCGAUCCUAAGAAAAAGAAGAAGGUGAUUAUCGACAAAGAUGGCAGCAACGUGCUCGGUCUCGUCGUAUUCGCCCUGACCCUCGGCCUGAUCGCCUCGACGAUGGGAAAGGAGGCUGAGCCGCUGAUGCGCGUGAUGAAAGUGCUUGACAAGAUGAUCACGAAAGUGGUGACGUUGAUCGUAUGGUAUUCUCCAUUCGCCAUCAUCUUCCUGAUAGCCGGCCAGAUCGUAGUCGCCAAAGACAUGGGCAAAACGGUCACGACAAUCGGGUUCUACCUGAUUGUCGCCACCUGCUGUCAAUUCGGCAUUUUCAUCCUGCAAAACGUCUUCUUCGCCAUCGUCACGCAGAGCAACCCGAUCAAGCUGGUCAAAAGUCAAUUGAAGGCCAUUGCCAUUGCCUUUGCGACCGCUUCAAGCACCGCCACUAUCCCGGUGAAUAUGGAGUGCAUUGAGGCGAACAUGGGCGUCAACAAGCAGAUCUCACAAGUCAUCAUCCCCGUUGGAGCGACGAUCAACAUGAGUGGCACAUCGAUCCACAUUGCUGCUUCCUGCAUGUUCAUUGCCCAGGUCUCCGAGACGCCACUGAACUUUACCCAAUACGUUAUGAUCGCUGUCACCUCGACCAUGGCUUCCCUUGGCGCCGCUGGCAUUCCUUCAGUCUCGCUGGUGACGAUGGCGAUCGUGCUGACCGCCAUCCAGGCACCUGUCGGUGGCAUUGCCACGCUGAUUCCGAUCGAUUGGAUUUUGGACCGCCUCCGUACCGUCAACAACACAUUCGGCGAUGCAAUGGUGGCCUGCCUAAUCCAGCACUUCUUUGGACGCCAGUUACUCGAGGAGGAGACGCAGCGCGCCCUCAACAGCCAGGCGGGCGAUGGUGAUUCGGAGGCGUCGGCCAGGGGAACUGAACGCAGCAUGGCCAAGGAGAAGAGCGCGAAGACCAGCAAGAGAGACCAAUACGGCUGGAACGCCCGAAAGGCAAGUCUGAUUUGGAUCAGAAACCGACCCCCACCACUGGUGGUUGCCCCGAUUUCUACUCGACUCCGACAUCCCCUCCCGACUGACCCAACUGGCCAUGGCUCUGACGAUCGCGACUUCCCA